AGCGAAUGUGAGAUUAAAAAAACAGAAACAGGUUCAGAAAAACCUUUGAGUCGCGUCAGUCUUCGGCCGCAGACCUCCCCACCAAUCACACUGCUCCUCAAAUACAGUAGAGAGAGAGCGAGAGAGAGAGAGACUUUACCUCUGUCGAAGGCUGGUCGCGUCGUGUGUCCAGGGCGCACUGCUUUACCCCUGUUCUCGGUUGCUUAUUCGGGGAUGUGAUCGAUCAUAGACCGGCUUCUUUGCGGUACGAGAGAGCGGACUACUUCCACUAAAAAGGUCCUCCCUUUGGUCGUAUCAGCGGGGGAUCGGAGCUCCCUUGUCACCCCAUUUUCCUCUUUGAAAGACUGUGCGCCAAGGAUUCGUAUCUACGCCCUUCUUGAACCGGAAACCGGGAGAUUCAUCGGUUCCUCAGCAAGAAGAUUGGGAAAGGAGGCGCUUUUGCUGGUCCAUCACCGGCCCCUGGGCUCCCGGCGUGCGAGCUUUCCGCCAGAGUUUGUACAAAGACUAAUGUGCUUGAGGAUUGCAGCAAAUGGCUUCAUUGGUCCCAGGUAUCCUCAUCAAGCUCCUCCAGCACAUGAACACUGAUGUUAAGGUUGCUGGAGAGCAUCGGUCAUCCCUCCUCCAGGUUGUGAGCAUUGUUCCUGCUCUUGCUGGGAGUGAUAUCUUCACCAACCAAGGAUUUUAUCUUAAGGUGUCUGAUUCUUCCCAUGCAACAUAUGUUUCCCUGCCUGAUGAGCACAAUGACCUCAUCUUAAGUGAUAAGAUCCAACUAGGUCAGUUCAUUCAUGUCGACCGCCUUGAGGCAGGCUCCCCUGUGCCCAUCCUUAAAGGUGUGAGGCCACUUCCUGGUCGUCACCCUUGUGUUGGGAACCCCGAGGAUCUCGUUGCCACCAAUUCUCUUGGUUUCCUUGAUGCAGAGAAACCAAAGCCAUCCAGUGACUCGAAGCAUAACAACAGCACAUCUUCAGAAAAUGAAAAGAGCAAGCUGGGGACCUCUAAGCUAACUAUUAAAACACAGGAUGUGGACAAGAAAAAGUCUUCACUUAGCAAGUCAAGCUCUUUUCUCUCAAAGCAAGCACAGGAUGUGGACAAGAAAAAGUCUUCACUUAGUAGGUCAAGCUCUUUACUCUCAAAGCAAGCAUGCAAUGGCAAAUUGGAGGAGGACACUGUUAAAUCAAGAUCAAUGAAUUCACGGUCGAUACCUUCAUCACCAACCAGUGUCUAUUCUUUGCCUGCAUCAUUUGAGAAGUUCUCCAAUGAAAUAAAGAAGCAAGCACGAGCCAAGGGCCUAAAGAAGCCGGCAUCACCAAGAGUUGGUCUGUUAGAGAAGGCAGCCUCUGUCUUGAAAGUAACCACCGCUGGUAGGAAGUCUUCUGCUGGGAACUUGUUAGGAGAUUUGGUACCAAGCAUCGAGUUAGGACCCAAGGCUUUGAGAAAAAGCUGGGAGGGGAAUCUGGAGUUCAAGGGUAGAGAUUGUUCUACCUUGAAAGCAACCAAACUUGACACAAAAUCUGAAUCUAGGAGCACCACCGCUCCUCGACAGAAGCCAUUGACAAAUGACAAACUGUUACCUAAGGAGGAUAGCAAGAUUCAGUCUCCCAUGAAGAAAAACACUGCAAGUGCUGCUGCAGAUGAUUCUGAUAAAUCCACUAAACAGCGACCUGCUGCUGUAAAGAAGUCUUCAGAGAUCACUCACAGUCUAAAUUUUGCUAACUUAGUCAAAGUUGCUCCUAACAGAAAAUGGACAGAUGGUAGUGUCUCAUGGCAACCAGUUCCAUCAUCUCUUGCAAAACUAGGAAAGGGGCUUUUGAAGUACAGGGAUGCAGCACAACUGGCUGCCGUUGAGGCUAUGCAAGAGGCUUCUGCAUCAGAGACCUUGAUUCGGUGCUUGAGUAUGUAUGCUGAGCUAAGCACCACGUCCAAGGAGGACAACCCGCAGCCGGCCGUGGAGCACUUCCUCGCCCUCCACUCCUCACUCUCUCGUGCCGCCACGGUCACCGACUCCCUCUCCAAGACCAAAUCCCGGAGCCUGGCAGCAACCUCACCGGAGACGCUCCCGGGCGUCGACCCAAUCCCGGAAGAAGUCCUGAGAGCCUCAGCUGACAGCCGACGCCGCGCCACCUCCUGGGUCAGCGCUGCCCUCGCCACCGACCUCUCCCCCUUCUCUCUCUACGACCACAAGCCCUCACCUGCCUCCGCUGCGUCAUCGGCGGUGGUGGUCCUCGAGGGUUCAUCCAAGACUGCGGUCGCUUCCUCGAAAGUCUCCCAUCAGUCGAAAUCCAGGUCGUCCCCGGCGUUGGCGUCGGCGACCAGGGGGAAGGCGCGGGGAGCGGCGCCUCCGUCGCCGCCUCCGGAGUGGCAGCGCGGCGGAGGGCUGGAGGAGGGGGCGGCGCUGGCACGGGCGUUGGAGGGGGAGGCCCAGGUAUGGUUCCUGGGGUUCGUGGAGAGGUUCCUCGACACCGACGCGGCCGCGCCGGGGCCGUCCGACCGGGAGCAGGUGGCCGCGAUGCUGUCCCAGCUGAAGAGGGUGAACGACUGGCUGGAGGCGAUCGGCCGCCGGCGAAGCGAAGGGGAGGCCGAUUCGGAGCCGGAGGACGGCGAGGGUCCUGGCGAAGGCGUGCCGACGGAGACGGUCGAGCGGCUUAGGAAAAAGAUCUACGAGUACCUGCUUACCCACGUCGAGUCCGCCGCCGUCGCGCUUGGCGGCGGGGUCCAGCUCUCGGCGCCACAGCCACCGGCGAGCGCAGGCCGGCCGGGUCGAAGGGGAUGACAGAUAUGGGACUGCACGAAUCACGAAGCAGGCGACGGCCGGGACUUGUUGAGUUACCGGACUACGUUUCAGGAUCCUAUUGCCUGGAAAUGCUGUUGCGUGAUCUAACCGAUUCCAUGACCCAGCAUCUGAUCCCUCGAGUGGAGCAUCCUAAGGGUGUGUAAUAGAGUCGAUUCUUUGCUAGUCUAUCGUUUAAUUUCUCGUGGAAGACCCCAAGCAUAUGGUGGUGUUUAACUCUCUGGUUGCCUGUGCUGCUGAACUAAUUGUACUUACCGGUGACGAACGAUUUGGAGGUAGUCAGCCGAUUACCAUGACACGUACAGAUCGAUAUUGCAAUCGAAUUAAUGAAGUUUUGUUCUA